AUGACAAGUGAGUUGCGGGCCAUCGAGGUCACAUCCUCCUGCGAGGAAUCCGACGCAAGGUUAGUUGUACAUGUGGGCUUCAGGAUGCCAUUGAAAAGAGACUCAAAGAAGAAAGGCGAGGACAUCAUGGCUGUGUACGAGCUGAGGGAGAAGCUGGGAGAGGGCUCUUUUUCAGAGGUGCGAGUGGCACAGCACCGCUGCACUCAGAGGCUUGUAGCGGUCAAGUGCAUCCGCAAGAGGGCGCUAAAGGGCAAGGAAUCCAUGCUGGAGAACGAGAUAACAGUGCUGCGCAAAAUCCAUCAUGAAAACAUUGUCUCUUUGGAGGAGACUUUUGAAACACCAACAAAGCUGUACUUGGUGAUGACAUUGGUAACAGGGGGAGAGCUGCUGGACAGGAUCCUGGAGAAGGGCAUGUACACCGAGCGGGACGCCAGUCGCGUGAUCCACCAGGUGCUGGAGGCGGUCAGAUACCUGCAUCAGCUGGGCAUCGUCCACAGGGACCUCAAGCCUGAGAAUCUGCUGUAUGAGACUCCAACGGAAGAUUCCAAGAUUGUCAUCAGUGACUUUGGCCUGUCCAAGAUGGAGGACCAGGGCAUGUUGUCCACCGCCUGUGGAACACCUGCAUAUGUUGCCCCAGAGCUCCUGCAGCAGAAAACGUAUGGUAAAGAGGUGGACCUCUGGGCCGUUGGAGUCAUCGCUUUUAUUCUACUCUGCGGAUACCCGCCAUUUUACGACGAGAACGACACACAGCUCUACAAGCAGAUCAUCAAGGCCGAGUAUGAGUUUGACUCGCCAUACUGGGAUGAAAUCUCUGCUUCAGCGAAAGACUUCAUAAUGCACUUAUUGCAGAAGGACCCGAAGAAGAGGUAUAAUUGUGAGGAAGCCUUGCAGCAUCCUUGGAUAUCAGGAGGAGCUGCUCUGGAGAAAAACAUCCACGGGUCUGUCAGCGAACAGAUUCAGAAGAACUUCGCCAAGAGCCAUUGGAAGAGAGCGUUUAAUGCGACCAUGGUGGUACGCCACCUCAGUAAGAAGGCCCAUGGCUCCGAGGAGGAUGGGGGACACUGCACCCCUGGAAAAGCUCUCCAGGCACCACCCGAGUGAGCCGCCGGCAGCCGCCGGUACCCAGCCAACUGGCCCCCAGGACAGUCAGUAUGUCAGUGCACGUUUCCUACAGUGGUCUCGGUAUUCCCGGCCAGGUCUCCUGACUACCAGCUGCUUUCCUUUCUACAUCUUUGAGCUUGAGUUCUUUCAGUGCCUUUCCCUUGUACAAUCUGCUGCUUAUGCAUGGGUUCUAUGGAUCAUGUCCUUGUUUAUGUUAAAUAUUAUGUUAUGUUGUUAUGGUAGGGCUUCUGUGUGUGUUGGUGUAAAGAUGACUUGCUCAAUUGCAGCGUAAUAUCUUUGAAAGUACACUCAGCAAGUGUACAGUGAGCAUCCAUUUAGCUAAGUGACCUAUUUUAGCAAGCGGGUAUUUGUUUCCUAAAGCGCAUGGCUAAUAUCACUGAAUUGCCAUUGUGAAUGUUAGCAAUUAAUCUUUUCCCAGUGUAAGCAAGCACUGUAUUUAUACUGGAUGGCAGAUGUAGUAUUGUUAGUACUGUAGGGUUGUGCGUAUGGUCUGUAUGAUCAGGGCAAUUUUUCAUUUAUUGACUUUUUCAUUUUGAAUUGUCUUGUUAACCUAUUGAAUUAGUUUUGUUUCAAUAAUGAGUUGUUUGCUUGUUAAUGUGUCUCAAGCAUUGCAAUUGUCAGAAGGCUAGCUGUACAUGUUUCUAAAUCUGUUUUGGACUAAGGUUUGCUUCAAUAUUUUCAGUUGAUCAGAUUCUGAGAACUGCCAUGCAAACACAUUGUAGCCUACAUUGCUGGCACUGAAAAGGACAACUAGAGAUGCUCUCAUGCUAUCUAUAACUGCUUUUGAAAUGUAUUGGUUUGAAUUUACCUAUUCUCUUAUUUUUUAAAGAGAAUAAGAACUUGCAUGUAAUACAGUUGGAAUGAAGAGAUACAUGGUGCUUGUAGCUCUAAAGGUGUAAGAGACCAGUGUGU